UAAAUGACAGCAGCGUCCGCUCAUGAAGAAGCCAGUGUGGGACCGCUAGCCACCGACAAACACUUCUUGUGACUCGAGAAAUCUUAUGAUCAGCUGUGUUUAGAGAAGCUGGGAACAACUAGCACGGGCUAAUUACGUUUGUUAUUUCCCCCCUCUGCCUGAGUGAGCUGUUGAAGAUGGUGAAGCCAGACAUCCACACUCUGGCCCACCACCUGAAGCAGGAGCGGCUGUACGUGGCGUCAGAGAAGCAGCUGAUCCAGAGGCUCAACAGUGAUGUGCUGAAGACAGCUGAGAGGCUGUACCGCGCUGCCUGGAUCGCCAAGCAGCAGAGGAUCAACCUCGAUCGUCUCAUUCUCACUAGUGCGGAGGCCUCUCCGGCUGAAUGCUGCCAACAUGCCAAAAUGCUGGAAGAUACACAGUUUAUUGAUGGCUACAAGACUCUGGGUUUUCAAGAAACAAUCUAUGGCGAGUUCUUGGCCAGGAUGAGGGAGAAUCCCAGGCUGGUUGCGUCCUGCUUGGUGGCAGGAGAGAGGCUGAACCAGGAGCACACUCAAGGCGUCAUACAUACAGUCUUCACCUCACUUUAUGGCAACUGUAUCAUGCAGGAGGAUGAGAGCUACCUACUACAGGUGUUGCGGUACUUGAUAGAGUUUGAGCUGAAGGAGAGCGACAACCCUCGUCGUCUACUCCGACGGGGAACCUGUGCUUUCAGCAUCCUUUUCAAGCUCUUCUCGGAGGGCCUUUACUCUGCCAAGCUCUUCCUCACUGCCACCCUACACGAACCUAUUAUGCAGCUGUUGGUCGAAGAUGAGGAUCACCUGGAAACUGACCCAGCCAAGGUGACGGAGCGCCUCACUCCAGCCCAGCAAGAACGCUUUGGAGAGAAAGGCUCUGAGGGGUACAAGCAGAGGGUACAGGCAGCUGUGGAGGCGAAUGAAGCCAAGCUGGUAGCUCUGGUCAACAAGUUUAUCGGUUACUUGAAGCAAAACACCUACUGCUUUCCUCACAGCCUGCGCUGGAUCGUGUCCCAGAUGUACAAGACUUUGUCAUGUGUAGAGCGUCUUGAGGUGGGGGAGGUGCGAACCAUGUGUACAGAUCUGCUGCUGACCUGCUUCAUUUGUCCAGCUAUAGUUAACCCAGAGCAGUAUGGUAUUAUCUCAGAUGCGCCCAUAAAUGAAGUGGCCCGCUUCAAUUUAAUGCAGGUGGGACAACUUUUGCAGCAGUUGGCAAUGGCUGAUGAUGAUGCAGACCCAAGGCGGAAAAGCAGUUUAUCUAAGUUUGAUAAGAGUUGUGUUGCUGCAUUUCUGGAUGUGGUGAUUGGAGGACGAGCAGUUGAGACCCCACCCAUGUCCUCAAUGAACCUUCUAGAAGGCCUCAGUAGGACUGCGGUCUAUGUUACUCAUAAUCAGCUGCUUGCUCUGGUGGACUUUGUUCGGAGUGUGAUGGCAGGGGACCACCUGAGAGAGGAGGAGCACAUGGCUUUGGAGACCCUGCUGGCCAAUGUACCUCAGUCUCGAACUGUUAAGAGCAACAGCCUGGAGCUCACGCCCUCCAACACCCCUCAGCUCUCUCCAGCUACCACUCCUGCCAACAAGAAGAACAGACUUCCUAUAGGACAACACUUAGCCGCUAUAACAUCCUGGGACCCCACAACCACCACUCUGUCUGCUCACAUUCCAUUAGUAACCCCUUUUGCAUCUGCUCGAAGCCGGAGCCGUUCCAACAUAGCCCAGGAGGGGGAGGCAGAGGCCAGCUCCCAAGAGUCCCUACAAGAGCUGGUGCCAGAGGAGGUGCUGGUAAUUUCAUUGGGAACUGGUCCUCAGACUGUCCCUGGAAUGAUGUCAGAGAAUGAGGUUUUGAAUCUGCAGAUGGCUGAUGGGGCCCAGGUGGAUGGCCAUGCUGAUGAUACCAAGCUGCAUGGGAAACCAGACAAAACGUUGCGCUUCUCUCUGUGCAGUGACAACUUGGAAGGCAUCUCAGAGGGCCCUUCAAAUCGUUCUAAUUCUGUGUCAUCGCUGGACCUGGAGGGGGAAUCUGUUUCUGAGCUCGGAGCUGGACCAUCAGGGAGCAACGGGGUAGAGGCUUUGCAGCUUUUGGAGCAUGAACAGGCCACCACACAGGACAACCUGGAUGACAAACUGCGCAAAUUUGAAAUCAGAGAUAUGAUGGGUCUGACAGAUGACCGGGACAUAUCCGAGACGGUCAGCGAAACUUGGAGCACUGACGUGCUUGGCAGUGACUUCGACCCCAAUAUGGAUGAAGAUCGGCUGCAGGAAAUAGCAGGGGCAGCUGCGGAAAAUAUGCUCGGCAGCCUGCUGUGUCUUCCUGGCACGGGUUCAGUUCUGCUGGACCCCUAUGGCUCCACCAUCUCAGAGACCACAAGCGAGGCCUGGAGUGUCGAGGUCCUGCCUAGUGACUCAGAAGCCGCAGACUUGAAGCAGGAGGAGCGUCUGCAGGAGCUGGAGAGCUGCUCUGGGGUUGGCAGCACCUCAGAUGACACUGAGGUCAGAGAAGUCAGCUCGAGACCCAGCACACCGGGCCUCAGUGUUGUCUCAGGUAUCAGUGCGACGUCAGAAGAUAUCCCCAACAAGAUUGAGGACCUGCGGUCAGAGUGCAGCUCAGACUUUGGAGGGAAGGACUCUGUGACCAGUCCAGAUGGGGAGGAGUCAGGCCACGGCGCACACCAUCUGACUUCUCCACCUUCACAGGCCGAUUCCUUGCUGGCCAUGUUCGAUCCCCUCUCCACCGCUGAAGGCUCCUCUACGGGAACAAUAGUGAGGCCAAAAGUGCACUAUGCCAGGCCCCCUCACCCCCCUCCUGAUCCUCCUAUCCCUGAAGCCAGUGCCCUGGGGCAGGAGACUCGCCACUCUCUUUUCACACCCCACUGCUUGGCCCAGUCUGAGCUGGAACACACCAAGCAGCGCCACUCCUUCCCUGACAGGCUGGUCCGCAGCCGCAGCUCUGACAUCGUGUGCCCAGGCCGCCGGCCCACGAGUGACCCCGGCCUUAACCGGCGGGUAGCAGUUGAAGAGCGUGACCCUGCCGGGGCCUUCGCCUUAGGACCUUCCUCAUCCCCCAGCAAGGACUCCCUGAAAGGAGAGGUUGAGGAUAGGAAAGACAGUGACGAUGAGAAGUCUGAUCGCAACAGACCAUGGUGGAAGAAACGUUUCGUGUCAGCCAUUCCCAAAGUGCUGUAUUGGACGGCUGAGAGUGACGUCCCAGCUCCAAUUGCAGCAUUUAGGAAAAGGGACAAACAAGAGAAAGAUGAUAUUGCCCACAAUAUCCCACAAGAUGACCCAUUGCCUAGACAGAGCACUCAAGCCCAGGCAGCUGAGGACAUCCUGGACAAAUACAGGAACAUCAAAAGGACCAGCCCAAGUGAUGGAGCCACAGCUGGAGCCUCCUAUGAUGGUACAGGAGAUCUUUGUGCUGAGGACAAUGUGCAUGACACCCAGAGAGAAGACACUCUGCAGAAUAUUUCUGCAGAUGACCUCCCAGACUCAGCGAGCCAGACGGCACAACAACAUGACACAAAGUUCUCUUUCAGUGACGCAAAGAAGAAGUUGAGGUUGGCUUUGUGUUCUGCAGACUCAGUGGCUCUGCCUCUCAUGGCUCCUGCAACCACUCGGAAUGGGCUGCCUGAUCACAUGGAUCCUGAAGACAACGAGAUCGUCUGCUUCCUGAAGAUCCAGUUAGCGGAGGCCAUCAACCUUCAGGAUAAGAACCUGAUGGCCCAGAUCCAGGAGACCACUCGCUGUGUCAGCCGCUUUGAUGCGCGCACCUGCAGAAAGCUGCUCGCCGCCAUUGCAGAAGAUUAUAGAAAGCGCGCACCGUACAUAGCCUAUCUAACCAGGUGUCGUCAGGGCCUGCAAACCUCUCAGGCCCAUUUGGAGAGACUCCUCCAGAGGGUGCUAAGAGACAAGGAGGUGGCAAACCGCUACUUCACCACAGUCUGUGUUCGGAUUCUCCUCGAACAUAUGGAGUCUAAGAUGCUUGACUUCAUUAAAGCGUUCCAGGGGUGCACAGCAGCCGAUGACAAGACAGCAUCAGUGGAGGAUUUUCUGCGCUACUUGUACGGUGCCAUGGCCCGUGAUGCCAUUUGGCAGUAUGCAAGCGAGGACCAGCUGCAGGAUGCCCAGAUGGCUAUCGAGCGCAGUGUUAUGAACCGCAUCUUUAAACUGGCCUUCUACCCCAAUCAGGAUGGAGAUAUUCUCAGAGACCAGCUUUUCCAUGAACAUAUCCAGCGACUCUCAAAAGUUGUGACAGCAAAUCAUAAAGCUCUUCAAAUCCCAGAGGUUUACCUGAAAGAAGCUCCCUGGCCUUCUGCACAGUCUGAGAUUAAGAGCAUCAAUGCAUACAAGACGCCACGAGACAAAGUCCAGUGUAUACUGCGGAUGUGUUCCUCCAUCAUGAAUCUUCUCAGUCUGGCCAAUGAAGAUUCUGUCCCUGGAGCAGAUGACUUUGUUCCUGUACUUGUCUUUGUCCUUAUUAGGGCAAACCCGCCCUGCCUGCUGUCCACCGUUCAGUACAUCAAUAAUUUCUAUGCCAGCCGGCUGAGUGGGGAGGAGUGCUAUUGGUGGAUGCAGUUCACCGCGGCGGUGGAAUUCAUUAAGACCAUCGACGAUCGCAAGUGAAGCAGAACAGCCACCUGUAUGGGCAGACUGUGGGGGAAGGAGCCGGGAGACUGGGAGACUUCCCAACCAACUGCUCCCUCUGCACAGCUUAUAAAACCUGGCCCUCAGCCUGCUCUGUAUUUGUAUAGCUUGUACAUAGCCAGAGACGUUGAAAGAUUACAAAAUAUAUAUUACUGUACGUAUGUGAACAAAUCCAGGGUUUGAGCCGUGGUGGGGGGAAAAAAAAAAGCGGCCUAUGGGAAAAAUUGGCAACAGAUUAACUUUGAACCUGAUUUGAAAUUUUCCUUUUAUCUUUUUGUCUCUUCAGUCAGGUUUCCUUUUGGGGUUAGAAAUUUUAUAUAUACAUAAUUACCAAUAUGACAUUAAAUCAAGAUUAUCCUGUAUAAAGGGACCAGACUUCCUUGAUGUGAUCUUUUUUUUUUUUUUUUCCCCCCUGGGUGAGAGGGAAAGCCUUCCAAUUAAAUUACAGUAUAAUGUUCACUAAAUGCAUUGUGACACGGGAAUUUACAGUGAAUGAUAGUUACCGGUGACUCAUAAACACUGAGAUCAGUUCACAAUUAACCAUACUACUCACGAGGUCAGAGUAUCAAAAAAUAGGGCAGCUUAUUUCAUGAACUGUUUAUCCAAACAUGCAUCGAUUUGGACAUCAAGGCCCACAUAUUUGUGUGAAAUAAAGUGUAUUUAUUUCUGUUUAGUGCUUUUGUUAAUCUAAUUUUUAACAAUGAAAAUGCAUAUCAUGGCCAUUCAAGAUGUCAGAGGCAAGUGAUGUUGUUAUAGACUUGCUUAAAAUGCUUGAGUUAGGAAGGCACCUUAGCAGUGAGUAGCCCUUAGGUGAGGAUGCUGGGCGAUUAGCAUAUACAGGGUGAGCUCAUGCACAGAGUGUUGGUGGCAUUUAUUUGGAAAAAAUUGAAAAUAGUGCCUUUGAUGUGGGGCACUCUGUACAGGUAGUUAGUUUUUUUUUUUUUGUCUUUUUGUUUCCUUUAUCAAAGCCAACAUAGGCGUAAUCCCCACCUGUAAGUGCACACAUGCACACAAACACACACACUCACACUACUCCAAUGGGCCAACCACGUCUCAGUGAGACCUUUUGCCCAGCGCUCACGGCAGGUAUCAUAACAUUACCAAUUGUCAUGGCUCAGUCCCUUUAAUGCGCUUCAGUUUGAAGAAAUAUCCCCAUUUGGAAUUCUAGAUCCUACCUCAAAGUUGAAACCAAUGAGCCUGAUAUCUGUCUGUACACAGUAACUGUCCUGCAUUGGUUGACACCGGAGUACUGGAUCACUUUUUCUUUUUUUUUUUUUUUGCCAGUGGUUAGAAAUGGUUAAAAACAGGGAAAGGAAUGGAGGGAAAGUUGGAUAUUGACCUGCUGUGAUGCUUGUUGUGGUCACGUCACCCUUAAUUAAGACAAGCCUUUGUUAGUGAACAAAGACCUUUUUAGUUUCUAAUCUUAUACCUGAGUUGCCACAUGUGUCCACGUGGGCAGACUAGUGAACAAUUGAAUAUUGGCUCUCUACCUCCUCAUUAGUUCAAUAAAGGGACUCCUGUUUAUGUGCACUUAUUUUUUUUUUUAUUAUUAUCCCCCCCCCUCCCCUUCCCCAAUUUGGUGUGCUGUGAUAUCCCAGUGUCAUUGUAUCUUUCCAAUUAUAGAACAAGCAUGUCUUUAAUUAUCAAGAAAUGACUAAAACCUCUUUUUCUCUUGAAA